AAUUCCAAUGUACAUAUCGAACACCGUACGGAAACAAGUAAAAUAAUAAUUGUGAAUAGUUUUAUACAACCAACACUUUCUCAAGCUGCCUAUAUAAACAGAACAAACUACUUCUCUUUCUCACAUUUAAUUUUCUCAUUCAACAAAUUUUCAACUCUUUCCUAUAAGUUAAUUUUUGAAAAGUAUUUCUAUUUCAUAAUGGCUAAUCUUUCUGAUCUUGUUAAUCUUAAUCUUUCUGAUUCCACUGAGAAAAUUAUUGCUGAAUAUAUAUGGAUUGGUGGAUCAGGAAUGGAUGUUAGGAGCAAAGCCAGGACAAUUUCUGGUCUUGCUAAUGAUCCUUCAAAGCUUCCAAAAUGGAAUUAUGAUGGUUCUAGUACUGGUCAAGCUCCUGGUGAAGAUAGUGAAGUGAUACUAUAUCCUCAAGCAAUUUUCAAGGAUCCAUUUAGGAGGGGCAACAAUAUUUUGGUUAUAUGUGAUUGUUACACCCCAGCUGGUGAACCAAUUCCAACAAACAAGAGGCACAAUGCUGCAAAGAUUUUCAGCAAUCCUAAUGUUGUUGCUGAGGAACCUUGGUAUGGUCUUGAGCAAGAAUACACCUUACUCCAAAAGGAUAUUAAUUGGCCACUUGGAUGGCCUAUUGGUGGUUUUCCUGGACCACAGGGACCAUACUACUGUGGAAUUGGAGCCGGAAAGGCAUUUGGUCGCGAUAUUGUUGAUGCUCAUUACAAAGCCUGUCUCUAUGCUGGGAUUCACAUUAGUGGUAUCAACGGAGAAGUGAUGCCCGGACAGUGGGAAUUUCAAGUUGGACCUUCGGUUGGCAUUGCAUCAGGUGAUGAGCUAUGGGUAGCGCGUUACAUUCUUGAGAGGAUUUGUGAGAUUGCUGGAGUUGUAGUGUCAUUCGACCCCAAACCUAUUCCGGGUGACUGGAAUGGAGCGGGCGCUCAUACAAACUAUAGUACUAAGUCGAUGAGGAAAGAGGGAGGGUAUGAAGUUAUCAAGAAGGCUAUUGAGAAGCUUGGACUUAGGCACAAAGAGCACAUUGAAGCAUAUGGUGAAGGCAACGAGCGUCGUCUUACUGGAAGACACGAAACAGCUGACAUCAACACGUUCAAAUGGGGCGUUGCUAACCGUGGUGCAUCCAUUCGUGUGGGAAGAGAUACGGAGAAAGAAGGUAAGGGAUACUUUGAGGACAGGAGGCCUGCAUCGAACAUGGAUCCAUACAUAGUGACUUCCAUGAUCGCCCAGACUACCAUCCUCUGGAACCCUUGAACGCGUACUACUUUCUUGAGGAUUCGAUGAACUAUUUUUCGAGGUGCAACAUUUGGAGAAAGAAUUGAAUGUCUUUAACAACCCUUAUAUAGCUAAGCCAUUUUGAUAUACAUUAUGUUGUUUUCUAAGUUUCCAUUUUGUAUUAUACUCAGCAAGGCUGAGUUCAUUGCCUAUAUGAUUUGGCAAUGUUGUUAAAAAUAACACUUUUAAUCUUAUUAAUAACAAUAUGGAAGGGUUUAACUUACAA